AUGAAUGAAAAUCAGGACAUUUCGACUUGCGUGUCUCGGGCGCGUCGCAAUCAUGUGAUCCACAUACACAGUCACCAACUACGUGACGUGACACAGUUUGGAUCUUUUGUGACCUGUUUCGUCACUCCGUUCAUCUCAAAUCUUGUUGCCGACGCGAAACUUGAAGGUCGCGACGAAGACAAGGAAGUCAUGGAAGGUCCAAAAUCUAUAAAGAAGCGAAAGCUGCUCGACAAGUCUAUCCCAAAUGUUAUUCUCCAGAACCCAGAGUUUGCCCAGGACUCGCAGAUGUACCAGGACCUAUUGAAUAUGGAGCGGAAGUUGGACUGGACGAUUACGAGGAAGAGGAUGGAGGUUCAGGAUGCGCUUGCUCGGACGCCCACGACGACACGGACGCUGCGUAUAUUCAUGAGCCAUACUGUGUCUGGACAACAGUGGCAGAAUAUGGGUGAGCCCCAAGUUGCUCCAAACUUUGAGACUGGGGAGGGCAUCCCCGCAUGGUCAUUCAAGAUUGAAGGGAGACUUCUGGAGGUACCGAAUCAGAGACAUAAAGAUAAAACACCACCACGCAAGUUCUCGACGUUGAUUAAGCGAAUGGUUGUGGAAUUGGACCGCGACACCAAUGUGUAUCCUGAGGGAAACAUUGUUGAGUGGCCUCGGGCGCAUGGGAACCACAAUCCUGCUCUCGACGGAUUCACGAUUCGGCGAACUGGCGAUUCUCCCACUAAAAUUCGAGUAGUUAUGUACCUCGAGCACUUCCCAGAACAGUACAAGGUGUUGCCAGAGCUCAGUAAUGUUUUGGCUGUCAAGGAGGAUAGCCGUAUGGGCGUUAUUCAAAAUCUUUGGAAUUACAUAAAAGUACAAGGGCUGCAAGACAAAGUGGACAGGCGUAUCAUAAAGGCAGACGACAAACUACGACCGAUAUUCGGCGGCGAGACAAUGCCAUUCCACAAAAUCCCUGACGUCGUAAACCGCUACCUGACAGCUGCCGACCCUAUCAUACUGCACUACACAGUCAACCCCACUAUCCAGCCACCUGAGCGGACGUCAGCGUGGGAUGUGGAGAUCAAGAUGGAAGACACCGCGCUCAAGAACAAGAUGGCUGUGACAGUCAGCACAAGCAAAGAGUCAGCACAGGCACUCUUGAAGAUCGACGAAGAGAUUGCACUCCUAGCGCAGUCGCUGCACAACUCUCACAUGAAGCGCACGUUCUUGGAGAGCUUUGCAAAUGACCCUGCUCAGUUUAUACAGACCUGGCUCGAGUCGCAGUCGCGCGAUCUGGAGAGCAUUUUGGGCAGUGGGCCAACAGAGGGUAUGACGCUCAGGCAGGAGGAGCUGAAGAGGAGCGAGUUUUUCCAGUUGCCUUGGGUCGAAGAGGCUGUUGCGAUCCAGGAGGGUGUUCGUCUAGCUGCGAAAGGGAUGGCGUAA